UUUUACUGCGGUCAACCCACACCCAGAAAGAGCAAGAAACUCUCAAGCCUCCCUCUCCAUUGUUGAAGAAAGUUCUACAAGAAAGAAUCCCAAGAAAAGGAGCUAAAGUGCUAAAAGUGUGAAAGGAUCAAGGAACUUGAUUAAAGUGUUUUUGAGCCUCGCCGGAGUUUCGCCGGAGUUGGUCAAAGUUCGCCGGAGUUGGUCAAAGUUCACCGGAAACUAGUCAAAGUUCAACCGGGAAGCGUAGAACGCGUGUGAGCUCACUUAAGUUUCAGGUAGGGAGUAAAGCUUGCUGCCAUCACCGUUGCUCGGGUAGGAUCCAAGAAGAGGAGACAUGAAAUGGAGCCAAUUGGAAGAAUCACUAGGAGGAACCCGAUGGGCCGUGUACCGGGUGGGUCCGAACGCGGCAGUCGGGGGUCCACUAGGGUGUCCAGGGGAAGGGGCCGUGGAGGCCAACAACAAACUGUGAGCGAUGGCCACGUGGACACUGAGAGUGAGACUUAUUGGUCCUAUGAGGACUCAACCUAUAGGCCGGAAACCGAGCCGGUGGAAACCCCAUAUGAUGGGGAAGAUGACGAUGUAAGUGAAGAGAGUGAAGACGAUGGCACUCUUGGGAGGAUCGAGGCGCUGCUCCAACAAUACCACCGGGAGCGUGAAGAGAGGAGACAACGCCGAAGGCGCCGAACGGGGCAACCUUCGGGCAUGGCUUCGAGAGGAGGAAGCCAAGGUGCUUCUAGAGUCCAUGUUGAACCACAUGGAGGCCAAAAUGUGGGAGGUCCAACCAUAAGGAUCUCCAAAUUUAUCAAAGAAGCACGAGAUUUGGGAUGUAAACCGUUUGAUGGAACGGGAGACAUCUCCGUUGCGGCCGAAUGGAUCAAAAGAUUCAACGAGGCGGCCCUUGACAUGCAGCUGCCACCCAUCAUGAAACUGAGGGUGGCAACAAGAUUGCUCGAAGGCAUGGCGUCCACGUGGUGGGACGGGGUCAAAGGGAAAUACGGCGAAGCCGUCACUUGGGAGAACUUUCGGCAGGAGUUCUUCAACCAAUACUACUCCGACUUCGAGGUAAACAUGAAGAGGAGGGAGUAUACGAACUUGACACAGGGAGGCGCAUGUACGGUGAAGGAACUUGAGCACAAGUUCAGAAAGCUUGCCGAAUUCAUACCGGAGUACAUAUGUGAUGAGAACCGGAUGGUGAACCACUUCUGGGAUGCCUUAGACCUUGACAUACGCGAGAGGGCAACACAAUUGCCUAAUAUGACGUUUAGUCAAGUGGUUGAACAGGGCCUGAAGGGAG